AUGGAGGGGGGUUCAGGAGGAGUGAUCCCACCGCAGGAGAUCUCGCGGGGCAUCUGCACCCGCCUCACCCAGUGGCUGUGGCCUGGUCGGUGGAGUCUUGGUUGUGACUCUUCAACAUCGACUGGGCUUGGCGGUGCACCCUCGGGACUGGCCGCUGCCUCACGCCCGCAACUGCAGAUCGAGCCCCGUGCGAGCGCCUCGCUGGACUGCAAAGCCUGCCGAGAGCGGGGGAUCGUGUGUGAUCAGACCCGACCACAGUGUGGGAAAUGUUACGAGCAGCAGACUCUGUGUUUUUACAUCAGCCCAACCUACAAGACAAAGCGGCUGACGAGGACGAGUCGGAUCAAAAGAGUAACCGCAGAAGAAGGGAAUCCAGAUCACCUCGCUAGCAGCGCCUGUCUGCUUGCCUGCGCCGCUACCGACGACUGA